AUGGGGCUCGGAAGCGAUGAAGAGGUCGUCGUUGAAGACAGCGAUGGUGUUGGUGGUGGCGGUGGUUGUGGAGGCAAGUCGUACGGAGGCUCUGUCUCCUGCUCGAUUUGCCUUGAAGUCGUCGCCGAUAAUGGGGAUAGAUCUUGGGCCAAGCUGCAAUGUGGGCAUCAAUUUCAUCUAGAUUGCAUUGGUUCAGCCUUCAAUAUAAAAGGGGCAAUGCAAUGCCCUAAUUGUCGGAAGAUUGAGAAAGGUCAAUGGCUUUAUGCUAAUGGAUACCGUUCAAUUCAAGAAUUUGGCAUGGAUGACUGGACCCAUGAUGAAGAUCUUUAUGAUCUUGGGUACUCUGAAAUGUCCUUUGGUGUCCACUGGUGUCCAUUUGGUAGCUUAGCACGACUUCCUUCAUCAUUUGAGGAAGGGGAGUUCUCGCCAACUUCAUAUCACGAUCUACUUGGACAACAUGCCAUCUUUGCUGAGCAUACAGCUGUAUCAUCUGCUGGUCAUCCUUGCCCAUAUAUUGCUUACUUUGGGCCAAUUCACCCCUCAUCCUCAAACUCCAGUGGAAGUGUGUCAGAAGCUUCCAACUUUAACCAUCAUUGGAGUGGCACAUCAGUACCUAGUGAAAUACCAAACUCCUAUGCUUUUCCUGCCAUGGAUCUUCAUUAUCACAGUUGGGAGCACCAUUCCCCACCUCCAUUUUCUACAACCAACAAUCAUAUUGGUGGCGCUGACCAGGGUUCAAUUCCAUCUGUUACUCAAAGAUCUGCUAGGCCGAGUUCAGAUUUACCAAGAUCAGGAUCUUUUAUGCACCCAUUCCUUGUUGGUCACAGUUCUAGUGCUAGAGCUGGCAGCUCUGUCACGUCCUCAAUGAUUCCUCCUUAUCCAGGCAGCAAUGCCCGGGCCCGUGACAGAGUCCAAGCUCUCCAGGCAUACUAUCAACAACAACAACCUAGUAAUUCACCAACCAUGCGUACACCCAUAAUUCAAGGAGCCCGAAGAUCAAGCAGUCAAAGAGGCGUGGCUCAAGUAGGGCCAGUGGCUUCAUCAUCGGAUCAAAAUGGUGGUUUCUAUUUUUUCCCCUCUGCCUCAUCAGGUCGUAGUUAUCAAGAAGCUGAAAAUCCUUUACCUAAUCGUUUUCAUGCAUGGGAAAGAGAUCACAUGCCUUCAUUCUCAAUGAAUCAGGUUGACCGAGACCAAGGUUGGGCUGCUGUUCACCAGGGUGGCAGUGGGUCAGACUCAGCGAUGAGAGGGAGCAGCUUCCGGCAAAGGCAUGGGUCCGAGAGGACACCUUCACAAAAUCGGUCAUAG